AUGGAGGGCACGGGGGCCCCCGCGUCCCGGGGAGCCUGUGCUGAAGCGGGCCCCGCCGCGGGAAGCGACUUAGGGGCGCCCGUCCCGCUGAAGGGAGACCCAGAAGAGCUGAAGCAGGGAUCAGUGUUAUUUCUUGGAGGUAAUGAAGUAAAAAGCAGUGCUGUGGUGAAAUAUUCAUCUGCCCCACCACAAGCAGCAUUUGCCCGUCUUCGAGAGAAAACUGAUUUGAAACUUCCACCUGCCAAUUGGUUACGUGAAAGCGCCAAACUGGGGCCAGCAGGAACAACCAUUCUUGGAAACAGCAAGAAGAGCAAACUAUUUUCAAGCUUUGGCAUGGCAUAUGACUUCAUCGACUCAGUUGGAAAUGAUGUGGAUGUUGUGUCCGAUUCUGAGAACAUAAAAAAACUUCUGAAGAUACCAUACAGCAAGUCACAUGUGAGCAUGGCAGUACACCGUAUUGGACGAACCCUUUUACUGGAUGAGCUAGAUAUUCAGGAGCUCUUCAUGAGAUCAUCUCAGACAGGGGACUGGACGUGGCUAAAAGAGUUCUAUCAAAGACUAAUAGAUCAGAAGUGGCAAAGAAAGAAGAAGAGUAAAGAACACUGGUACCAGAAGGCUAUACUUUCCAAGUUUUUAUAUUACAGCAUUAAUGGUGAUGGGGCUGCUCAGCCAGUUCCUUCCACUGCAGAACAGCAUCAUGAAGAUCCAGCUCCUGACGAGAGUGAUGAAGCAGGAAGGGCUUCCUGGCCAGCCCCUUUUGAAAUGCCUUCUUCAGUAUCUGAAGAUCCAGGUUCUUCUAAUCAGGGAAGUGUGCCUCUUGAACCCUCAUAUGUAGUGGGGCAUGUGGCCUCAGCCCCCAAAGAACAAAACCUGAGUACUUUGUUCAAUGACGGGGAAAACAGUCAGGGACUUAAAAAUGACUUUGUUCGGAACAUCUUGUGGACCUUUGAAGAUAUUCACAUGUUAGUAGGAUCAAAUAUGCCUAUAUUUGGAGGUGGAAGAUACCCUGCUGUGAGCUUACGUCUCAGGGAUAACAACAAGCCAAUAAACGUGUUGACAGGAAUUGACUAUUGGUUGGACAACUUAAUAUGUAACGUCCCAGAGCUUGUGAUGUGUUUUCAUGUUAAUGGCAUUGUUCAGAAAUAUGAAAUGAUCAAGACUGAAGAUAUUCCCAAUUUGGAAAACUCCAAUUUUUCUACCAAAGUGAUAAAGGAUAUUGCUCAAAAUAUCUUAUCUUUUCUGAAAUCUAACUGCACCAAAGAAGGACAUACUUACUGGCUAUUUAAAGCAAGUGGAAGCGAUAUAGUAAAGCUCUAUGACCUCACCACUCUUUGUGAAGAAACUGAAGAUAAAUACCAAAACCCUUUCACAAUGCCAGUGGCAAUUCUCUUGUACAAAGUUGCCUGCAAUAUGAUGAUGAAAAAAAACCAGAACAAGAAACACUAUGGCACCAUUAGAACAUUGCUCCUUAAUUGUGUUAAGUUAUUGGAUAAAGCCAGACAUCCACAAAUUAUUGCUUCAGCGAAUUACAUGCUCUCGGAACUCUUCCAGUUAGAUGAGCCUAAAAAAGAAGGUGCAGAGUUUCCUUUAAAUGGGAACUCUGAUGAAAGUUAUAGUGAAGAGGAAGAAGAAAUGCCGGAUAGUGAUGAAAAUGGUUCCUACAGCACCAGCUCCGAUCCGCCAGAUGACAAUAAAGCAGUAGCUGUAAUCAAAUCUGUUGGAGAGUUAUCGGUACCAGAAAAAUAUAAAUCUAUUCACCAAAUACGACCUAGUUGUGCAUUUCCUGUUUGCCAUGACACUGAGGAACGGUGUAGACUUGUGCUCAGCUAUGUUCUAGAGGGCUUGAAAUCUGUUGACAGCAGCAUUAAAAAAGACGGUGACCUUCCUGCAGCCGACCCCAACACCCCAAUCCCAUUAAAAUACGAAGAUGAAUCCACAAGUGGUGGUCCUGAGUGUCUGGAAAAACAGAUGGCUUUGUUUUUAGACAAAAUGGGCUCAUUUCAAAAGGAUAAACAUUCCAGUCAAUCAGGAAUGAUUCCUGGAUCCUGGCAGUAUAAAAUGAAACUCCAGCUGAUUCUGAAGUCAUCGAAGGCUUAUUAUGUUCUUUCUGAUGCUGCUAUGAGUCUUCAGAAAUAUGGAAGAGGAUUACGAUACAUUAAAUUAGCUUUACAGUGCCAUGAUACUUAUUGCUGCCUCUGCACCAAUAUGCCUGCAGAAGUGCUUCUGUUUCUUUGUCAAUGUUUAACCCUUUGUGGCGAUAUCCAGCUAAUGCUUGCCCAGAAUGCAAAUAACAGAGCUGCGUAUCUUGAAGAAUAUAACUACCAAACAAAAGAAGAUCAUGAAAUAUUGCACAGUCUUCAUAGAGAAUCCAGCUGUCAAGUAUUUGCGUGGGCCACUGACUUGUCUACAGACUUGGAAUGUCAGCUUUCAGUUAGCUGCAAAUGCUAUGAGGCAGCUAAUGAAAUCUUGCUUUUUAGUAACUUAAAAAAACAAAAUCCAGAGCAGCAUACACAAGUCCUGAAGAGGAUGGGUAACAUCAGAAAUGAAAUUGGAGUAUUUUACAUGAACCAGGCUGCUGCAGUGCAGACUGAGAGAGUGGUGAGCAAAAGUGUAUCUGCAGCAGAGCAGCAACUGUGGAAGAAAAGCUUCUCUUGCUUUGAAGAAGGGAUUCAUAACUUUGAGUCAAUUGAUGAUACAACCAAUUCUGCCCUUCUUUUAUGUAACACUGGAAGACUGAUGCGAAUUUGUGCUCAAGCACAUUGUGCUGCCGGAGGAGAUUUUAAGCGAGAAUUUUCCCCAGAAGAGGCCCUUUACUAUAAUAAGGCUAUCGAUUACUAUCUGAGGGCUUUAAGAUCACUGGGCAAAAGAGAGAUGCAUCCAGCUGUUUGGGAUUCUGUGAACUGGGAACUGUCCACUACCUAUUUCACUAUGGCAACUCUGCAGCAGGAUUAUGCACCAUUAUCUAGAAAGGCUCAGGAACAGAUAGAGAAGGAAGUUAGUGAGGCCAUGAUGAAAUCUUUGAAAUACUGUGAUGUUGAUACAGAGUCUGCACGACAACCCCUCUGCCAGUAUCGGGCUGCAACUAUUCACCACAGACUGGCUUCCAUGUAUCAUAGUUGCUUGAGAAACCAGGUUGGCGAUGAGCAUCUAAGGAAACAGCAUCGAGUACUAGCUGAACUUCAUUACAGUAAAGCAGUGAAGCUUUUUCAACUCUUAAAGGAUGCACCCUGUGAGCUCCUUCGUGUGCAGUUGGAAAGAGUAGCAUUUGCAGAGUUUCAGAUGGCAAGUCAAAACAGUAGUGCUGGAAAAUUAAAGACUCUGUCUGGGGCUCUAGACAUAUUGAUAAAGACCCAGUGUGCAUUCCAGCUGAUCAGAAAGGAGCUUUUAGCUGAAUGUGAACAGAUAAAUGAGGAUGUGAAAAGUAGUGAUGAGAAGACACCACCUGGUGACUCCUCUUCUAACCUUAAUAAAGAUGAAGUAAUAAAACUCCUCAGUAUAUUUGAAUCUCGAUUGUCAUUCCUCCUCCUCCAAUCAAUUAAAUUGCUAACGUCAACAAAAAAGAAAAUUGGUGGCAGUAAUGAAGAGGAGGAAGUUCUUAAGACCAACAAGCAAGUUUACUCCCUUUUAUUGCGUGCAACUGCCAACAAAAGUGUGACUCUGCUAGCAAGAAUAGAAGUCAUUUUAAAUUUGCUGGAGCAGCUGACUCAGAACAGUGAAGCUGAUAAGACAGGAAUUCGGUGACUUACCAAAUAUAAAACUGCUACAGAUAACAGAAAUAUCAGUGCCUUGUUAAACAUGGGGUCAGUGGUUUUGUCCCAUGUGGUGCUUAGUUUUAUUGAAGUUGAGGUAAGCAUUGCCUAUUUAUAACAUGGUACAGCUGGGAAAGAACAGGAGUUCAUCGCUAUCCCAUGACAGCUCAAUUAUGAUUUGGUUAUUAAUGUUUUUACAUUUGUGAAGUGCUAAAAUUGAAAUCUAGAGGUAAAGCUUCCAAUCUCUAACAUUUGAGAAAUACAAAGUUGAUUUCUCUGAAAAGCAGUGGGCUUUGCAGUGAUGCAAAAUAAAAUGUUUAGCAUAAAAAUGUAAUCUGUUACAGUUGGAUCAGUUUGAUAUUUUUUGUAUAAAAUGUUACUUCGUAAGCAAAGCGGUAUUGGAAGACUUUUUCCAGUAAUGUUAACUGAAACUGUACAAAGAAAUUUCCCUUAUAUAUGCAAACAUAUUUCCUUUUUAACUACAGUUAAUACCAUGCACAAAAAUAAAUGUGUGCCUUUUUAGCUUCAAUACAAGAUUUUUCAAAGAUA